AGCAAAGCGGGCUGCGUUUCCUGCCGGGGCAAAAUCCGGUGCUGUCUGAGCUAGCGCCCUGAGCCGAAAUUGCUGCUUUUCACUAGGUAUUCCAUUAGCCUCGUGUGAGGCCAGGGCGCUUCUGAGAUCCCCGUUGCCUGAUUUUUGUUUGGCUCGCCACAGAAACUAAGGAAGUUGGAACAUCCGCAGUCUGAAGCAGGAGUCGCACCUCCCAAGGGUGUCGGGGAAAUGCUGUGUUAGAUCAGCUUUUUUUUUUUUUUUCCAGAGCAUAAUUAAUCUGGUCGUAGGUGGUAUUAAGUGGUUCUUGCUAUGUGUAGUGCUGAUGCUGUCUGCGUUUCACGCUCAGUCAAUCUUGAAAUGUCAAUUUGUAGGGAGAAGUAUUUAAAAAAUAUUUUUGGACUGUAAAACCACUGCGAUGCUUGUCAGCUGCUGUGGUGCCUCCCUCCCCCACCCCCAUGCACUGGAUCUGGCGAGAAAAUCCAUUUGAGAAAUGUAACACAUCACAAGUGGAUUUACUAUGUUACAAAUGUGAGCGUGGUCUGGAGAAAGAUCCCUGCAGUUCUCUCAGCCCACCGUGCUUUACUGAGGAGGACCGAUUUAGCCUAGAAGCUCUCCGCAUGAUACAUAAGCAAAUGGAUGACGACAAAGAUGGUGGUAUUGAAGUAGAUGAAAGCGAUGAGUUUUUAAGGGAAGAUAUGCAGUAUAAGGAUGCCUCUAAUAAACAUAGCCACCUACACAGAGAAGACAAGCAUAUUACCAUUGAGGACCUAUGGAGACGCUGGAAAACAUCUGAAGUUCAUAACUGGACCCAAGAGGACACCCUUCAGUGGCUGUCAGAAUUUGUUGAACUGCCCCAAUACGAAAAGAAUUUUAGAGACAGCAAUGUCAAUGGAACAACACUUCCCAGGAUAGCAGUAAAUGAACAUGCUUUCAUGAUCUCUCACCUCAAAAUAAUUGACCGGAGUCAUAGACAGAAACUUCAGCUUAAAGCCUUGGAUGUUGUUUUAUUUGGACCUCUCACACGUCCCCCUCACAACUGGAUGAAAGAUUUUGUAUUAACAGUUUCUAUAGUUAUUGGUUUUGGAGGCUGCUGGUUUGCAUAUACCCAGAACAGAACCUCCAAAGAACACAUCACAAAAAUGAUGAAGGACUUGGAAAGUCUCCAAACAGCAGAACAAAGUCUUCUUGACUUGCAGGAAAGGCUUGAGAAGGCACAGGAGGAGAAUAGAAAUGUAGCUGUGGAAAAGCAAAAUCUGGAGCGCAAAAUGAUGGAUGAGAUCAAUGAUGCAAAACGAGAAGCUCAUCGCCUAAGGGAGUUGAGGGAGGGAGCUGAAUGUGAGCUCAGCAGACUCAAAUAUGCAGAGGAAGAGCUAGUACAGGUUCGCAUGGCUCUAAAAAAGGCUGAGAAGGAAUUUGAGCUGAGGAGUAACUGGUCUGUUCCUGAAGCUUUACAGAAGUGGCUUCAGUUAACCCAUGAAGUUGAAGUACAAUAUUACAAUAUCAAAAGACAGCACGCAGAAAUGCAAUUAGCAAUCGCCAAAGACGAGGCAGAAAAGAUAAAAAAGAAGAGAAGCACUGUAUUUGGAACAUUACAUGUUGCACACAGCUCCUCACUGGAUGAAGUGGACCAUAAAAUCCUUGAAGCAAAGAAGGCGCUCUCUGAGUUGACAACCUGUUUACGAGAGCGUCUUUAUCGAUGGCAACAGAUUGAGAAGAUUUGUGGUUUUCAAAUUGCACACAACUCUGGGCUACCGAGCUUGACCUCCUCUCUGUACUCUGAUCACAGCUGGGUAGUUAUGCCUCGAGUUUCCAUUCCCCCUUAUCCAAUUGCAGGGGGAGUUGAUGACUUAGAUGAAGAUACUCCUCCAAUAGUUUCACAGUUUCAUGAGAAAAAUGACAAAUGCACACGAGGAAGGACAGAAGCAAAAUGGCUUGUCUCACUCAUGAGGCUUCAGGCAAAAGGCAGUAUGCAGACAGGGUCCAUUGUAAAACCUCCCAGCACACUGGCAAGAAGCAGUAGCUUGUGUCGAUCAAGACGCAAUGUUGUGCCAUCAUCUCCACAGUCUCAGCAUGCUUUGCACUCCCCUGACCCUGACAUCCUUUCUGUGUCGAGCUGCCCAGCUCUUUAUCGAACUGAAGAGGAGGAGGAAGCCAUUUACUUCUCUGCUGAUAAACAAUGGGAAGUACAGGAAGCAGGUUCAGAAUGUGACUCCUUAAAUUCAUCCGUUGGAAGGAAGCAGUCUCCUCCAUCUAGUCUUGAGAUGUACCAGACGCUUUCUCCUCAGAAAGUAUCCCGGGAAGAACUCUCACUGGAGGAAUCAUCUACAGGAGACUCCUCUUCUCUAACUGCAGAUAUAUCUAGGGGUUCUCCUGACUGCGUAGGCAUGGCAGAAACUAAGAGCAUGAUUUUUAGUCCUGCAAGCAAAGUUUAUAAUGGAAUCCUGGAGAAGUCCUGCAGCAUGAACCAGCUUUCAAGUGGGAUCCCAGUCGUAAAGCCUCGGCACACCUCGUGUUCUUCAGCCAGUAGUGACAGUAAACCCAGCCACGAAGCUUCUUCUGUCCCUAGGAUAAGUAGCAUCCCGCAGGACCUGUACCAAAAUGGUGAAAAAACCAAAAAGCCAUCAAAAAUAAAAAGCCUCUUUAAGAAGAAGUGUAAGUGAGGUGGGCAGAAGAAGCCUUGUAGUAAUGUUAUAAGUACUGUUUUUUAAAUCCUUAGGAAUGUAAUUCCAUUUGAGCAUUCCAGACUGGAUGCGCUAAUGGAAUACUCUGUAGGUGGAUUCUAUUUAACUGACUCUGCUGUCAAAGUUUGUGCCAGCUGUCAAUGAGAAAUCAUUAAAAAUUUCAGACAGUUUACAUUCAUUUCUGCCUAUUUAUUUCUCUUUUUUUAGUUUAUUCAUAAACCUUUUUUAAGCCACUUUGGACUUCCAAGCUUUAAUGAACUAGUAAGCCCUCCUGGGCUUGCCAAAGUUUCUUGUUUACCAGAGCAUCUUCCUAUCUUUCCAUAGAGCUACAACAUUUAUCUACUGGACUUCAAGAAAAAUAAAAGAACUAAUUGAAUUGCACUACUGUUUUACAGACUGGAAAAGUCUCUCUGCAAGUGAAACUGAAAGACUUGUAUUUGAGAAGAUGAAUCUUUUCACUUUUAGAUCUUUGGGGUUUUUAAGUAGAACCUAGAAUUUCUAAUUGACUUGAUUUCUGGAAAUGGAAAUGCCACGCUUUUAUUAUGGGAAGCUUUGUUAGAUGCAUUUAUUAUUAGAAUGGUUCAAGUCCUGCUGUAAAGAUCAUGUUUUUCCCAGGACUUUCACUGUGAUUUCACUUCACUGCAGGCUGUAUGAUAAAUAUAUAUAUAUAUAUAUAUAAAAAAAAUGUAAUUUAACAAGAGAAGAGGCUCUUGAUUCCUUAUGCAAGUGAUGGAUAUGAAACUUGACUGAGGACUAAAAAUAUUCACUCUCUUAAAACGAGGAGGUGGGGGUAGUAGCUUUUGUUUACAGACUGACGGACAACGGACAUUCGGUUUGUGAAAGUUUGUACUGUGGUAAAGAUAAUAAAUUGGAAACGUUAUUGUGCUUGGGAAUGUUCCAAUUUUAGCUGAUGCUCGUUUCAGAAGUCCUGUUUAUUGAAAGCUGUUGUAGGCUACAUUGCUUAUGCUUACUGCUGUGUAUAAGUUAUUGUUAUAUUUUUUGGAUUAGCUAUUAAUGUCUUAAUGUCCUCCUUUUGUAAGAUUUCAUACACUUUAUUUUUGUAUAGUUUGAAGAUUUAGCUGUUCAGACAUGUCUGAAGUAAAUGGUAUAAUUUUAUAAUGCAUACUGUUAUACUAACUCAUAAUUUUAGAUAUAAAGAUAGCUAUAAAGGUGAGACUCGACAUGCUUCGGAAAAAACAGUUUUUGUUGAGCUUUUAUAUGGAGAGAUUAAAUUACUAAGAGAUAAUAAGGAAGCCUUCUUAGGGCAACAGUAGCUAGUUGCUUGAAAACCAUUUUUUUUCCAACAGUUGGAGACAACAAAUGUACUGCUCGAGUAACAGUGCCUUUUAUUCAGUUUGUCUGAAAAUGUUAAUACUGAGCAGGAAUUUAUUUUGAGGUACAUUCCAAAGAAAUACUUCUUGCUCUAAUGAACACAAGCAAUUUACCCAGCGAUGACUAAAUAGUUUCAGCUCUUCCAUAGGGGUAUGCUAGUUGCCUCAGUAACAGGUGCCACUGCCAGCAGCCUGUGAUCAGGGGCUCAUUCCUCGCCAAUAUGUACAUGCUGUACUGUAUGAAAGAAUUAAUUCACUGAUUGCCUAAUCUUUUUUUGCUAGUAAGGAGCCUUCAACAAAACCUGUAGCUAAUUGAAAUUUAAAUGAUACAUGUUUUUCUAUAAUUUUCUAUUUAGGUUCCAUUGUACAUAAACGAUGUGUCAGUUCUGUCCUCAAUAAGUGGUGGUGAUGUUAACAGAAGCAUUUACUGUGGCUAGUAAAUGGUUAGAGGAGGAGGGUUAGAAGAGAUGGAGACGCUACCUAUGCAAGUACCUUAAAAGUCCUGGAACAUUGGAUUCUUCCUGUUCUCUUCCAGAAUUAGAUUUUUUUUACUGUAUGAAAAUAAAUGAGCGUCAUCUAUAUAAAUAAGCAUAGGGCAAAUAAAAGAUUUGGUAAAGUUUGGGGAAGAGACAAAUUGGUGGAAUAGUAAGUAAUGAAAUUAUAUUGUCCCAUUCUCUGAAUCAUCAUUGAACAACUGUGGCUGCAGAAGUAGUCAUCACAAGGUAGCAAUGGUGUCUUUAAACUAAGAUUGUGCACUCUGUACAUGUUAGACUGUCCAAAGGCAGCUAUGCAAAAAGACUUGUGCCAGAGAACCACCUCACUGCUGAGACUUCAGAGUUGUAGUUAAAAGCCUGAUGAAGUACUUUAAACCUGUACAAAGGGGAAAUGCAUAAAACUAAGGCACUUCUUUUGGCUCCACAACAGCAUAGAAAAGAUUACUACCAAAAAUGUUCAAUUUUGAUGUCUGCACUUAAGAAGGCUAUAGCAAUAAUUGAGUUUAAGGUCUGGGGUUGGAUAGUAAAUCUUGCGGUGUAACAUUUGAGGAGUUCUGUCUCUAUUAUUACCAAAGAAGAUAAAGCAGCUUUUUGAUACUGGAGAGUAAAUAUGUACACAUGGGGG